GGGCUGGAGCCGAGCGAGGAGCGGCUGAGCAGCUCCCGCCCCACCGCGGCGGUGGCGGCAGGAGAGAGGAGGCAGCGCGGCUCGGGAGCGCCGAGCGGCCGCGCUGUGCGCGGGGCGGGCUCGGGCGGCCCGCGGUCGGAAGCGGCUUUGCGCCCACGGGGGCCUCGGUGCCGCUGCGGCGGCGGGACGGGGCCGUUCAGACACGCCCAAGCGGCAGAACCGCGCUGUCAUUCGGUGGCAGAGGCGGCGGCCGAAGGCCGUGCCCGCCGAGCGCCCUGCGCUGUCUGCCCUCAGAAGUUGCGGAGCCGGCCUGCGCUCACCCCGCUCGGGGGAUAGCAGCGAGCGGCGGCAGGGACGGGGCUGUGGCCCUCCGUGAGCCGUACACGGCCCCCCGAGAUGCACCGCCCGACGUGCUGAGUGGUGCUAGAAUUGCGGCUGGAGUGUGGAGGGUACCCUCCACCGACAGCGAUUUACCAGGGGUUUAGAGAUGAGGCAUAUAAUUCCUUGUCAGUAGUCAUGUUGGAGACUAAUGGGAUUGCUCAUCCAGCUAACUAUGUCUUUAAAUUCAUCUACACUUUUAAAUGAAGAAAACGCUCAAGAAGCAAAAAGAAAUACUGAGUGUUUGGAAAGCCUACUGCAGACUCCAUCAUUGAUUCAAGAUAGUCCACUCCAACAAUUACAGUUAGCAUCCCAGGAAGUACUGGAAAAGGCAAAAAAGAGUGGGAGAUCAAAAUGCCCCCGAUGCAAUAGUUCAAGGAUGUUUUAUUGUUAUACAUGCUUUGUUCCUGUUGAAACUGUCCCUACCAAAGAAAUUCCAACUGUGAAGUUGCCUUUGAAGAUUGACAUUAUUAAACACCCAAACGAAACCGACGGCAAAAGCACUGCUGUGCAUGCCAAACUCCUGGCACCUGAUGAUGUUACAAUUUACAAAUACCCUUGCAUUCCAGAGUAUGAAGAGAAGAGGCACGAAGUAGCACUUAUAUUUCCUGGCCCCAACUCAGUUUCAGUAAAAGAUAUUGCUUUCCAUCUCCAAAAGUACACCAAGAAAGGUGUCUGUUCUAGUGACGAUGGCUGUUCCAGAGAGCCCCUUCUUAAACAAGCAAAAAUAGAACAUGAAGAAGAAAAAAAUCCAAAUGAAUGCAUCUUAAGCAGCAGGAGUGAAGGCACUAGACUGAAGAAAAUAAUAUUUAUUGACAGUACCUGGAAUCAAACUAACAAGAUAAUAACUGAUGAACGACUUCAAGGGUUACUGCAAAUUGAGUUGAAGACAAGGAAAACUUGCUUUUGGCGUCAUCAGAAGGGAAAACCAGAUACAUACCUUUCCACAAUAGAAGCAAUUUAUUAUUUCCUUGUGGACUAUCAUCAGGAGAUUUUGAAAGAGAGCUACAAAGGACAAUAUGAUAAUCUGCUUUUUUUCUUUUCAUUUAUGUAUACAUUGAUUAAAGAUGCCAAGUGUUGUGCAGGAAAAGAGUAAGCUGUCUGUCAGUACAUGACACUACUUUUUUUUCUAAUAAUAAAUGGCACAAACAUAACUAGGAUUUUUUUUUUUUUUGCAAAUAGACUGUACUCUAGAUAAUGUCCAGAAGUGAGCUGCAGACCUCCUCCUGCACGCUUGAGGUUGUAGAACUACUCACAUGAGCAGUCUGAUUAGAGUUACUUAUUUGAAAACAGUUACAUUUUGCUGUACUUCAACCUACGGGCCUGAUGUGCUCACUGUGAUGAGCACAUUUCCUGAAAUGGGAGUGGAGGACUUACCUCUCUUGCCAUUAGGAGUGAUCUCUUUUAACUGUAAGCAGGAAUUAGCAUGCUGGCUUUUCAUUGUUACUAAUACUUAUGGCAGAUGUUUUCUUUGUGGUUUACACAGCAAUACUGAUUUUGCCUUCGUGGCAUCAAAGGCUUACUGAAUGAGCAGAUAGUGUUCAGUUGCUCAGGAGAGAGUGGCAGCAAUAGAGAAUGAAAGAACACAUUAAUUGAAUAUGAAUUAUAUACUUUCAAGAUUAAUUCUGGGAAAUUCUUCUAGUAAUAAAAAAGUGGUCUCUUUAAACACUGUUAUACAAUGAAUGAUUUCUCUAGUACUAUUCAUGUACUCUUAUAUUAGGAUUAUUCUCAACUUCUUGGGUAAUUUUAGACUUCUUCAAACAAAUUUAGUUAAGUGUUUAUUACUGUUAUAUAUUAUCAUUAUUUGGGGGAGCACUAACCUAACAAAUAUCACUGUGGUAUAUUGUAGGCACCACAAAUAUUGGUUCUGACCACAAUAUUUCUGAGGCUUCCUUAAACUAAGCAGGCUGUGAAUCUGCUCUGUUUUUCCUUUUGCAGUAAUGGGCCAGAUUAGAACAUCUAAGUAAGACUUUGUGCUGAUGGGAGUUUUGUCAUAGGUGUAGUGCUGCUGUCAGAGUCAUCACGUGUGAAUGCAGUUUUGCCAAGCUACACCAGUACAGCCAGUGCUGGCAGAAAUAACAGACCUGAGCUUCAGAGCAGAGUUAUAUGAAUAUAUUUUAGAUCAUACAUUGAUAAUUAUAUUCCUAAAGUAGAAAAAAAUGUUUUAUUAGAGGUACAAUAUAAGAUGGAUAAAUAUUUCUGAAUAUUCUUAGAAAUGUGUUACUUAAGACAAAAUACGUCUUGUCAAAGUGACAGACUGAAAAAUUACAAUAGAUUAUUUUUUAAACAAAACAUCCAAGCUUUUGUUGUCACUUGUAGCAUACUCUCAAGGAGGACACUCACACACCCUGGUGAACAUAGAAAUAGUGUCUUGGAAAAUACUUAAGAAAAUGUUUUUAUACUUACACAGCAGUCCAUACAGGCUCAAAUAGCUGGUUUGUACUGCAUUUUUAAUGCUUCAAGAUAGUGAAAUCUUAAUAUUGCUUCAAACACAAGAUACAAAUACGCUCUCUACAUCAUACCUCAUAUUGGUGUGCUUAUCUGCACAAGUGCAUAUAAAAAUGCAUUUCAGUGGACAACAAAAACAUAUCCCCAUUUGCAGAACAAAAUGCUGGUUAUGUUAUGAAAUUAUGAAAUGUUCAUGAACUAUAACAGCACCACAGGAAACACAGGCUUGAAGUCAGAAUGCGAAAGAUAAUUUUUAUAUCUACCUAUAUACUGAGUUCACGUGCCAAGCAAUGAGAAAAAUCAGCAGUCAUGUCUCAGUGCUAUUGAAACAACACUGCCUAUUCAUUUGGUUCUUAUUGCUAUUGAAAAGUUAUUUUGGCUUUUUUAAAUGAUUAAUGUUAUUCCCUUUGGUAUGAAUUUUGAUAGUCUUUUGACAUUUCAAUCUGUUCUUGUAUUUCUUAAACAAAGAUUGUUGUAUUUUUUUUUUUAAAUCACACAAGUAUAAUAGCUUGAGAAGGAAAC